AUAUAAUACAGUAAUAAUAAAGUGCUGUUAUAAAAAAGCACAUAGAUACCAAUAAUUUUUCUUAACAAAUGAUAUUUUAUAGGAAUAUUUCGUGGCGAACAAAUCAAUGCGAGUAGUACCGGUGGCGAUAGGUUUGAUGGUUUCAUAUCUGUCAGCAGUAAGUUUACUUGGUGUGAGUUCCGAAAACUAUAUUCACGGUACACAAUAUGCUGUAAUUAUUUUUUCUUACGGCAUCGCCACGCCAUUCGUAGCCUAUUUCUAUUUACCAGUAUUUUUCAAACUCAACGCCACAAGUGUUUUUGAGUAUCUGCAAAAACGUUUUGGCACAACCACCAGAGUAAUAGCCAGCUUUGCCUUUCUACUCCAAUUAUUGCUCUACACUGGUGUCGUAUUGUAUGCACCCGCACUGGCUCUAGAAGCUACCACGGGUAUUUCAAUGAGUGUGAGCGUAAUCAGUCUGGGCCUGGUCUGCACAUUUUACUCGACUAUCGGUGGUAUCAAGGCAGUCCUCAUCACCGAUGUGUUUCAGAGCCUAUUAAUGCUGAUCGCUGUUAUCAUGGUUAUUGCCACUGCGGCUGUUGAUACCGGCAGUCUCGCUCGGAUCUGGCAAAUUGCGCGUGAAGGAUCGCGAUUGGAAUUUAACAACAUUUCUCUAGAUCCAACUGUACGACAUACUUGGUGGAGUCUAACAAUCGGUGGAUUCUUCACUUAUCUCUCUUUAUACAGUGUUAAUCAAGUUCAGGUCCAGAGAAUGUUGACUCUCAGAAAUGUAAAAGCCGCCCAACAUGCAUUAUGGUGGAGCUGGCCAAUGGCGUCGAUCAUGUCGCUCACUCUAAGUUUCACUGGAUUGGCGAUAUACGCAAAAUAUCAUAACUGUGAUCCCCUCAAGGAGGGUAAAAUAAGUUCGUACGAUCAAUUGAUGCCGCUGUACGUGAUGGAUAUGCUGUCGAACUAUCCCGGUGUACCUGGGCUCUUUAUAGCAGGGAUUUUCAGCGCUGGGCUCAGCACCAUCUCAGCCACGGUUAAUUCUCUCGCCGCUGUUAUCCUCGAAGAUUAUAUCAAGCCUCUCUGGCGUAUAAGAAAGAAGGAGUUAUCUGCGACAACAUCAAUAAUUAUUAGUAAACUACUAGCUGUUGCGGUCGGAGGAGCUUGUCUAGCCGUUGCUUUUCUGGCACAAUAUCUUGGCGGAUUAUUGCAGGCAGCUUUAACGAUUUUCGGUGUAAUCGGUGGACCUAUGUUAGGUUUAUAUACACUCGGCAUGUUCCUUCCAUCGUGCAAUCAGAGAGGCGCACUCACGGGCUUUAUUCUUAGUCUCAUGUUCUCCUUAUGGAUAGGAUUCGGUCAACCAAAACCGCCGAUUUCGGAACUGCACGUCUCAACCGAUGGUUGCGAAACCAAUAAAACUACUAUUAUGUGGUAUUAUGGGAGUGAUAAGGAAUUAGCUUACACAAAUUCACAAACCGAGGCAGAUAAAUCCUAUUUCUACCUUUACCGAAUCUCUUACAUGUGGUAUUGCCCAUUGGGAUUCAUCUUUGCUAUAGUCGCAGGAUGUCUUGCCAGCUGGAUCACAAGAUGGAUCUUUAAAGAAGACCAAACCGAAGUCGAUCCCUUAUUGUUGAGUCCAAUUAUGGCAAAUCAAGUACAGAAAAGACGAAAAAAAAUCGACGAAUUUCAUAAUACAAUAAGAUUUAAUAAAGAUUAAAGUCGUAAAUAAACUCAUAUUGUUAAUUUUUCUUUUGCACACAAGUAAAUCUUACGAACGGAAAAAUAUUAAUAUUUUUACUUCAUAAUCUAUAAAUAAUUAAUAUGUAUCAUCUGUACAAAAUAAAUAUGUUUGUACAUGUUCUAUUAACGAGAAUGUAAAUAAUGGAUAUUUAUUGUACAUGUGAGAACUUGAGAAGAAAAUUUAGAACUUUUAAUAUAUAAUGUAACUUAAUUAACUUUUAUGAUUAUGUAACUUUUAAUAUACAUAUAUUUAUUUUAAUAUCAUCUAUUUUUCAUUUUCAAGAUAUACCUAGGCAAAUCCUUGAUCAAAAAACUAAAAUGUAUAAAUGUUUAUGUAAUUUAAUUUUAUUCUUUAGCUA